UCGCCAAAUGUCUUCUUCAUGAGUCCGCAUUUUGCGAGGAUUUCUCCGUCUUGCGGAAAGCGGGGAAUUGUGGUCACCCUACGCAUAAAGCUGUGAGUUUGGAUUCGACAGCCGGUCUUCAGCUCAUUCCUGUCUAACCUCCCAUGACAUGGCAUAUCUAGAUGAGUUGGAGGCAGCCUCGAAAGAGCUCUCGGCCGCAGUCGAGGAUCUUGCCUCGCAUUACAGAAAUGGGAGGACUGACAGUCUAGGUGCUCGGCAACCACAGCUGAUACCAACGGGUGCACCUCCAGAGGUCCACAGAGCAAGAGAGUCCGCGUUGGCAAGUCUGACUAAAUUGCAAGUCAUGCUGGCAGGACCGACUGAUCUGCUGCAGAAUCUGGCAAGCCAGAUGCAGUUGCUCGCCUGUAUACAAUGGCUUGGCGACUGUCAAGUUCCGGCUUGUAUCCCUUUAGACGGCACAGCCUUGAUCAAAGAUGUAUCCAAUCUCAUUGGGGUGCCAGAAAGUCAACUAUGUCGCGUUAUCAGAAUGGCGACUACUGGAGGCUUUCUCCAAGAGCCCCAACCAGGCCAUGUGGCCCAUAGCGAAGUCUCAGCAACCUUUGUGACAAAACCGUCGUAUCUCGAUGCAGCCAUGUUCUUGGCUGAAACGGCUACUCCUGCCGCCUUGAAUAUGGCGACAAGCAUAAAGCAACAUUCUGGCUCCGAUGAACGAAAGGAUGGGGUCCCUUGUCUAGUUACGUUCGCCACUGCCAGUGAAGCCCAAUUGCCACGCCUGCAGCGGCAGUGGCAGGCCUAUCUCAGAUACGGAACGGGCCAUGUAUGCGACACGGCUACAGAUGUCUUGACGUGUCUAGAGGGAAUUAGCGUGACGAAUGAGUCUGCCGUCGUUGAGGUCGGCGCACGAUCCACAGAACGGGCAAUCGCUCUCGCAAACCAAUAUCCAUCGCUCCACUUUACAGUCCAACUCCAAUCCUCCAGACACGACAGACCUCGGACCCCAAAUCCCCGCAUAACAAUCUCGCACCGCCAGCCAGGAACCCCACAACCAAUCCUCAACGCAGCACUCUACAUCCUCAACUUUCCCAUCCCUGUGCCAGGCUUAUCACUUACCCUGAUGGCGGCGCAAUUCUCUGAUGAGCUUCGCGCGCAUCUCCCUGCACUCAGACUCAAUCGUUCAGCGACAUUGGUCGUCAUCGCUCCCUCAAUGUCGGACUCGGAAGAAGGGAUUGUGUUGACGCGAAUCCGCGAUCUGUCCCUAAUGCAACUGGCGAGUCAACGCGAACUGGGCUUAUCCGAGGUGAUCAAUCUGCUGAAUGGGGUCAGUGACGGGGAGGGAAGGUUGGUGCUCGUGAAUCAAGUGCGGUCGGUCGGGAAGUACGGGGUUGUUGCGUUGGAGGUGAAGUAUCAGCCUCAUGAAUUUGUGAGAUAGGAUGAUCUGAGUGUAGCGGAUUGAACGACGUGAAAGCAAUCAUUCUGAAUCUACGAAAAUUGCCCGUGUCUCUCAGCGCCAUGUCCCUUCAUUGCCGUUUCGGAUAGCCACUAUUGCAGAAGACUGACUAAAUCCUGCGAACUCAAGCUCGGCCGUUAGCCUCGAGCUAAUACCAGAGUCAUAUAGGAUGACGGCCUGCCAAGGCACUGUUGUCUUCGAGCUUGGUAUCCGUGAUAGGUCUUGUCAGCAAUCCUUUGGCUUGGCGUCGGAGGAAUUGAGACAGCGGAACGAUUAUGAUGACAAUCACGAGCACGAAGGAUAUUGCCAAGGUAUCGAAGCGUUCUCUCCUUGUCGUUCUUUGGCUCCUCAGUAUGCAGUGCAAUUAUUGCUGCC